AUCAUGAAGGCCAAACUACAAAGCUCUGGGCCCCUCCGCAUUCUCGUGGUGUUGUUGCCGCUCAAUUCCUCCUCCUCACUUCCAUCAUCCACCCAUCCAUUUCUAAACCUCUCCACUCCAAAACGAACGCAGACUAGCACACCCAGCAUUAUCUCUCAUUUAUUGAACUUUCUCCUCACUGCACAGUAUCAUCAUGGCUGCUCGCGUGAACCAGACGGCAUUGCACCCUACCGGUGUUGAGCCUCGACAUGAGCAUACCGAAAUUGAGGAGGAAUUGCACGACCGCGCGCACAUUGACUACGACCGUGUGGCCAUUAUUGCCAAUCCUUCCGUCGCCGCCCUCUACGAAGAUGCGCUCGUCUACGAAACCGGGUCUGCCAUCACGUCCACCGGCGCCUUGUCUGCGUAUUCGGGCGCAAAGACUGGCCGUUCUCCUUCCGACAAGCGGAUCGUGAAAGAGGAGGGCUCGGAGAGCAAUGUGUGGUGGGGACCUGUGAACAAGCCCAUGACGCCAGAGGUCUGGCGUAUCAACCGCGAACGUGCUGUCGACUACCUCAACACCCGAAACCGCAUCUAUGUCAUUGAUGGUUUUGCCGGCUGGGACGAGCGCUACCGCAUCAACGUGCGUGUCGUCUGCGCGCGUGCCUACCAUGCUCUGUUCAUGUACAACAUGCUCAUCCGUCCCUCGCGGAAAGAGCUGGAGCACUUCCACCCUGACUAUGUCAUCUACAACGCCGGUGCUUUCCCGGCCAACAGAUAUACCACUUCCAUGACUUCCAACACCUCCGUGUCCAUCAACUUCCAGGAGAAGGAGAUGGUCAUUUUGGGUACCGAAUAUGCUGGCGAGAUGAAGAAGGGCAUUUUCACUGUCCUCUUCUACGAGAUGCCUGUCAAGCACAACGUGCUGACACUGCACUCCUCCGCCAACGAGGGUAAGGAUGGCGACACCACUGUCUUCUUCGGACUUUCUGGAACUGGAAAGACCACGCUCUCUGCAGACCCUAAGCGUGCCUUGAUUGGAGACGACGAGCACUGCUGGAGUGACAAGGGCAUCUUCAACAUCGAGGGUGGUUGCUAUGCCAAGUGCAUUGGCCUCUCUGCUGAGAAGGAGCCUGAUAUUUUCAAUGCCAUCAAGUUUGGAUCUAUCCUCGAAAACGUCGUCUUCGAUCCCGAGACCCGUGUCGUCGAUUACGAUGACACAACGCUGACGGAGAACACCCGCUGCGCCUACCCCAUUGAAUACAUCGAGAACACGAAGAUUCCUUGCGUGUCAACGAACCACCCUUCCAACAUCAUUCUUCUGACCUGCGACGCUCGUGGUGUGCUACCGCCGAUCUCCAAGCUGAGCAGUGCGCAGACUAUGUACCACUUCAUCAGUGGUUACACAUCCAAGAUGGCUGGUACUGAACAGGGUGUAACGGAACCUCAGGCCACCUUCUCAUCUUGCUUCGCACAGCCUUUCCUGGCGCUGCACCCGAUGCGUUACGCCAAGAUGCUUGCCGAGAAGAUGUCACAACAUAACACCAACGCCUGGUUGCUCAACACUGGCUGGACUGGUGCAGGAGCCGCUACUGGCGGUAAGCGGUGUCCACUCAAGUACACUCGUGCUAUCCUGGACGCCAUCCACAACGGAUCGUUGGCCAAGGCCGAGUACGAGACAUAUGAGACUUUCAACCUGCAAGUGCCCACGUCCUGCGACGGCGUUCCCGCUGAAUUGCUCAACCCUGCAAAGGGCUGGGUGGGCACUGCGUCGCUCAAGGAGGAGGUUACGAAGCUUGCAGAGCUGUUCCAGGAGAACUUCAAGAAAUACUCGGAUGAAGCUACUGAAGAGGUGCAACAGGCGGGACCUACCAUCUAAUUUUCAGCGGUUUUGCGGCAGUGUAUAUGAAUAUGAGUCGGCGUUGGUCUGAUUCGGGAGGAUCAAGCUGUGUAUGUCGCACAGCAAAGACAGAGCGAGAGAGAGAGAGAGUUUAUGAUAUCUUCACAGUUCCAGUCAACAAAAAACUUCAGAUCUGAUUGUCCCAACUUUUCC